AUGCCAUUUACAGCAACAUUUCAUGGAUUCAUAGAAAACACAACAGAUACCCUACUUAUAAUCGAAGCGUGUCGAAGUGGGCUUUUGCCUACAGUAAGAAGAAGAUUAUUUGACAGUGAGCGUAAUGUGAUUAAAUCAGGCACCAUCAUCGUAUUCAAUGAAACAGAGACAGGCAUCAAACGGUGGACAGAUGGUUUACUUUGGAGUCCAUCCAGAAUAUUAGGCAAUUUUUUGGUAUAUAGAGAGUUAGUGAAUAGAGAGCAAAGAAAAAGUCUGGCACCGUCGAAUGGAUUAGCAAUCGAUCAACGUGAACGAGCGUUGGUUGGAUCACUGACAGCGUCAAACACGCCAUAUAACUUUAAAGAAAAUGGAUUGAUCAAAAAAACGAUUCGUAUGCUCGUCAAUGGCAAUUUCCUGCAUAUCGUCAGUUAUUACAAUAAGGAUGAUGUUCUUAAUCACGUAUUGCGUACACCUUCGACUAGUCCUUUAUUUACUAAUAUACGAAUAUCGCCUGAUUUGAUGCCUCAUCUUCAAGGCUAUUCUAAUCAUAGCUUAUUACUGUCUGCAAGUGUCAUUCAAGCAAAGACCCGAAUGCAAAAUGAUGAACGUAAAUAG